AUGGCGUCCGAUGUUCCCAAACCUACAGUCGUGCUUGUUCACGGAGCAUUCGAAGAUGGUUCAAUCUGGAAAGGGGUCAUUCAGCAGCUACAGCGGGCUGGUUACCCAGUAAUCGUGUUCGGCAAUCCGCUCCGGGGAGUACAUGUGGACGCCGCGUUUCUGCAGAGCAUGUUGGACAGGAUUGAUGGGCCGGCCGGAGGGGAGGAAAAGGUCAGGGCACUUGUGUACGCAGGUUCAAUCCUGCCCGAGGCCGGGGAAGCGCCAAGCGUGUUAAUUGAGCGGUUUCCAGGAAGCUCAUUCCUUACGUCUACAGACGUGGUCCAGUACACACUCCCUGACGGGACCAGCGGCGCAUACCUCCUCUACCAGGCUGAGAAGUUCCACAGUCAAGUCGCCGCGGACGUGUCUGAGAGCGAGGCGGCCUUACUACUUGCCACUCAGCGCCCAAUGGAUAGGCUGUGCCUCACUGAGGCGCCGACGGUCGCUGCAUGGAAGAAUCUACCCACCUGGCAGAUCAUUACCACCGAGGACCUGGCAAUUCCGCUAGCUGAACAGAAGUUCGAAGCUGAUCGCGCAAGGUCGCAUUUUGUCGAGGUCGACGCUUCGCACGCAGUUACGGUGUCUAAUCCGGGAGUCGUCGCCCAUGUGAUUGAACAGGCUGCCCGCUCACUGUGGCACUGA